UGGAUACCAGGGGUUGAGCUUCCUGAGAUGUAGCGGCUGCUGCUGCCUGCCUGUAAUUUGCAAUUGCAACAGCCUCUGCUGUGCCCAGAGGCCUGCCUGAGCUGCUCUGCUGCCUCAGCCCAGGGAGAGACCCUAGCCAAGGUGGGGGCCUGUCUCUGGCUCUAACCAGGCCUAGGGAGACACAGGACGCUGCAGGGGGGACAGAAAAGAGAAAUGGCUGCACUGGAGCCAGCUCAGGUCCCAGUGACAUUUGAGGAUGUGGCUGUGUAUUUCUCUCGGGAGCAAUGGGGCCUUUUGGACGAAACGCAGAGGGCCCUCUACAGGGACGUCAUGCAGGAGAAUUACCAGACUCUGGUCUCACUGCGAUCGUCCAUUCCCAAACCUGACGUGAUUUCCCAGAUGGAACGAGGGGAAGAGCCGUGGGUCCCAGACCUCCAGACCUCCCAGGGAAGGCAGAUCCCGAGAGGCGCCCGAACAGCAGGGGACGACGUCAUCGCCCAGAGGACUCCCGCAGGCGAUAAGCCGACCAUAUGCAGUGAGUGCGGGAAGAGCUUCAGAGGGAGCUCAAACCUCGUUCAGCAUCAGAGGAUCCACACGGGGGAGAGACCUUACGAAUGCGCAGCCUGUGGGAAGAGCUUCCGCCAGCGCUCGCACCUCCUCCAGCACUGGAAGAUCCACACGGGGGAGAGACCCUUUGAAUGCCCCGACUGCGGCAAGAGCUUCAGCGUGAGCUCCGCCCUCAUUAGGCACCAGAAAACUCACACGGGCGAGAGACCCUACGCCUGCGCCGAGUGCGGGAAGAGCUUCAGCGUGAGCUCCGCCCUCACUAGGCACCAGCGGAUCCACACGGGGGAGCGGCCCUACGUCUGCGCCGAGUGCGGGAAGAACUUCAGUGUGAGCUCCCACCUCGUGCAGCACCAGCGCAUCCACACGGGGGAGCGGCCCUACGUCUGCGCCGAGUGUGGCCGGAGCUUCAGCCAGAGCUCCCACCUCCUCCAGCAUCAGAGGGUCCACACGGGCGAGCGGCCCUACGAAUGCACCGAGUGCGGGAAGAACUUCAGCCAGAGCUCGGACCUCAUCAAACACCAGAGAACCCACUCGGGAGAGCGACCCUACGAAUGCCCUUGCUGCUUUAAAAGCUUCACCUGGAACUCAGUGCUCAUUAAACACCAGAGAGUGCACAUGGGACAGAGACCCUAUGAGUGUGGCCAGGGCGUGGAAAGCUUCAGCCCUCAUCGUCCCUCAGAGAAACCACACACGGCACAAACCCCACUGAUGGAGCAUCAGGACACGAGCCAGCGUAAUGCACUUGCUCUUAUGAGCAAGUCACUUCAACUCUCUGUGCUGAGUCUUCCACCUCUGCCUAAAGGAAAAUGGGAAUAAUGGGAUCUUGUUUAUAGGAGAGGGCACUGCUCACCCAUCACCAGCUGGGACUUUUCCUGGAAUUAUAGGGUUUGGGAGGUUUCUUUUCCUUUUACUAUAGAGUGGGUUGAGUGCUGUUUCUGGAAAUCCAGGUUUAGGAGGGGUUUCCAGUGAGUUUGGUUCCAGUUUCAGUAAAGUCUUUAUUUGUUGCUGUGGGUCCUUGGAAUUUGGGUUUGAAAUGUUAAAAAUUCUCAAUAAAAGUUUGCGUUAAGAUA